GGCGGGGCGCAUAAGCUCUACACGGCGCGCGCGGCGUCUCGCUGCAAGUGAAGGCGUCUCAUUCACGCUAUCGAAGCGACCCAUCGCCGCCAGCCAAAAUUCGACUGAGAACGGCUCCUACAACAAACAGAGCCUCUCUGCGCAGAGCAGCCAGCAAACAUGGCCGCCGCCAAGCCAGCCGACGAUAGCGACCUCCUCUACCGCUUCCGCGCCGCCCACAAGAAGCGCGACGGCUGGUGUAGAAUUACGGCAAGAGGCAUCGAAUGGCAAUCCGAUCGCGAAAACAAAGCGCUAGAUGUGCCCUACGCUGAGCUCGCGAGCCACGAGGUGAGCCCCGAGGACCACCCGAAAGCACUGUUACGCUUGAGUCGCAGCGAGGGCAAGGCUCUGGUAUUAACAAUUCUGGAAGCGACACCGGAUCGGGCCUAUGCGACGUUGUGUGACGCGAAACUCGCGAUCACCGCAUGUAUCAGAAGACGAAGACGUAGGGGAGAACAACAACCAGUACCGGAACGCAAGAAGCAGCCCACGGCGAAACGCGCGGAAGUCAUGCGACGGGCGAAGUUACUACAAACGGACGAAGCCCUGCAGAAGCGCCACAAAGAACUUGUUCAGAGUGGCGCGGUCGACGAGGAGGCGUUCUGGGCCGCCGCGACGGGUCGACGAGCGCCGGCCGCCGAGAAAGUUAUUAAAGCCCCAUCCAAUGAACUGCUCGUCGACGCGCCGCGCGAAGGCGAGUCGACGGGACGGACCGUCACUUUCUCCCUCUCGCCGGAGAAGAUCGCCUUCGUGUUCUCGAUGUAUCCCGCGGUGCGCCGGGCGCACGCGGCGCACGUGCCCAAGGUUUGCUUCGGUGUCCGAACCGUUUCGUCGCGCGUCGACGGCGUUGCCCGUGUCGCGUCGAUGGCGUUAUGAGCUGUACACACCUACCCCGCUGGUGGGCCGUCGCCGCGACCCCACGACUCCUCACGCCAUCGAGCAGCCGCAGAGGGCACACACCCACGCCGUCACCGCGCCAAGUCGCGCGUGGACGGCGUGGAGGCUGCCGGUCUCGCGGUCGCGUCGACGCCCGGCCGGAGCCGCGCGCGCGGACCGAUCGAGCAGUACGCCAUCGAGCAGCCGCAGAGGCGCGGACACACACGCGCCGUUGCCCCCCCCGCGUCGAUGGCGUCCGCGCUGUACCAAACGCUCACGCCGCGACGCUCCCACGAACACACACCUACCCCGCCGGCGCGCCAUCGACGCGACAGAACGGACACCAAUCAAACAACGCAGGACAUGUCCGAGGCCCAGUUUUGGGUCAAGUACUUCCAAUCGAGAUAUUUUUGGCGCGACAAGGGGCGGGCGGUGCUCGAGAAGGGCCAGGCCAAGGCCGACGUUGCUGAUGAUUUAUUUGCCCGACAUGAAGAACCGGGCGACGACGCGUUGCAGGUCGCGCCCGAGGUGCGGAAGGCCGUGGAUUUGUCGCGGACGGACGCGGAUCGAUUUAUAUCUUCUUCCCAAGAGGAUGUUGUGGAUCCCGCGGCGCCGGCUGCUACCAGGGUAUUGCGGAAGUUUAAUAGGCAUGCGGCGUUAGUUCUUGGUGCUGACCCGCCGUCCAUACCCUCUGAUGAAUUACCGGUCAAGAGUGACCACGUGGCGCUAGACUUGAAGCACCACGACUCCAAGAAGGCCUCCAAGAAGCGGAGUGUCGCCGCUGCUUUUGCGAUUGAGGAUGAGGACCUGGACCGACCUGUUGGUGUCCAGUGGUCUGAGGUCGACGUGGAGCAGGCGCUCACCAACAAAGCGGGCAUCGACGCUCUCAUAUCGCUAGAUAGGAACGUCGCGUCCGUCCAACCGCCGCCGCCCAAAAGCACUAAGGAGCAAGUCGAAAAAGUGGCCGGGGACGUCCGAUUGUUAGUGCGGGCCUUGCGCUUCACUCAGGGCACGGCGAAGCGCCAAGCCAUCCUGAAGAAGCUGCGGCAACUACAGGCGUUCAUCGAUCAAAGGGUGGCGGCUUUUACAUCAAAACCGAAGCACGCGCAUCUGGCCGCGUUCUUCAAGCCGGUGUCGGACCAGGUCGCGCGGGCGCUGCGCAAGUAACUAGGUGUGUGUCUUUCUUUGUUUGAUGCGUGGGGUGUGUACUAAGAAGUUACUGCCUCU